AAGAGACUGGAGAAGAUCUUUGGCAAUACAUUGAUUUUCCUGGAUCCUCCCAAAUCGAAGAUAGCAAAAAUGAAACAGAGGGAGUAGUUGAAAAACUAUCCGUAGAAAAAAUAGUUAAUUUUUCUAGAUCAUGCUCUUCAAGUUCAUGCGCAGAGGCUCUUUCCCUUCGAAAGUAUUUCUCAUAUGAUCGUGGAGGCGCUUAUUCUGAAUUUUCUUAA